GUCAAUGAAUGGUCCUUGAAGAUAAGGAAAGAAAUGAGAGUGAUUGAUAGACAGAUCAGAGAUAUCCAGAGAGAGGAGGAGAAGGUGAAGCGGUCCAUCAAGGAUGCUGCCAAGAAGGGUCAGAAGGACGUGUGUGUGAUCUUGGCGAAGGAACUGAUCCGCUCUCGGAGGGCCGUGAGCAAGCUCUAUGCAUCCAAAGCUCACAUGAACUCUGUCCUCAUGGGGAUGAAGAACCAGCUUGCUGUCCUCAGAGUAGCGGGCUCACUGCAGAAGAGCACAGAAGUCAUGAAAGCUAUGCAAAAUCUAGUAAAAGUCCCUGAAAUCCAAGCGACAAUGAGGGAGUUGUCCAAAGAGAUGAUGAAGGCUGGUAUUAUAGAGGAAAUGCUGGAGGACACCUUUGAAAGCCUGGAGGAUCAGGAAGAGAUGGAGGAGGAAGCCGAGAUGGAGAUCGACAAAAUCCUGUUUGAAAUUACAGCCGGGGCCUUGGGCAAAGCUCCCAGCAAAGUGACGGACGCGCUGCCGGAGCCGGAGCCCGAGGGGGCGGCGGCGGCGGCGGAGGAGGACGACCUGGAGGCCAUGCAGUCGCGCCUGGCCACGCUCCGCAGCUGA